GGAGAAAUAAGACCUUGUAAAAUUGCGUAUUAUGGUAGAACGGCUGAUAUAUGAUGCGGUCAUUUUGGUUGUGUUGUGGACUAGGAAUUCAUUGUUUUAGGAACGUGUGUCUCACAAUGACAUUCAUGGCCAUUUGUCUUGUGCCUGUAGAUGCGCUCCUCUGCUCCCAGUGCAUGUCAAACGCCACCGGAAGUUGUGCCUUGCGCGCCCCGGACGCAACACCCUGUCAGCCACGUGACCACAGCGACGCCGGGCCGGCUAACUGCAUGGUCGCGCGACAGAUCGACCGAAACGGGACGGUGCAAUCGUACAUCCGGGGAUGCAGCCAGGUACGCGUGGGCACCGGCUGCCUCCCUUACCCAAACGGAACCUCGCUCUGCUACCGCACUUGCUCAGAAGACGGGUGCAACCUCGCUAUGGCACAUGACAACUUUCCAUCGCUUUACUGUGCUGUUCUUGUGUUCAUAUACAUUUGUCUCUUGUAAUUCAUAAUGAAUUGUGUUAUGGUACUGAAAAUAUGUUCGCAACGUAAAUGUUUCUUUCUCUUUCGAUCAAAUCAGAGGCACCAAGUAGUGAAGAUUCGUUAACGCAAUCCCUUCGCAGUGAUCUCCCCUGACAAGCUGAACUAUUUUUAAAAAUAUCUUUCAUCUCCCAUGUUUUGGUUAGUUUUCAUCAAAUUUCAAUUAUUCAAGGUGCAUUGCUCACGUGUUAUACAUUGUGAUAGUGGUUAUUGUGCUGUAUAGGAAGAAAAACUG